GUAAACACCGCCUGAGACAUUGUGAAAUAAACAGUAUUUCACCCCCUUGAUCUUUAGUUAUCUUGGAUAAUUAAAAAUGAUAGAUAUGUCUGUUUUAACCUAUUUUUUAAUUAUAAUUUGUUGAAUUACUACUAAGAAAAAUGGGAUGUUGUUACAGUCUUUGUAAGGAAGACACUGGUCCACAGAGUGAUGUUAAUGAAAGGACUCACUUAUUAGUUGAUCCAGUGAGCAGUAGCGCUAAUAUUCCUCGAGUUCACAGCGAUGUUUAUGUCAAUGAAUAUACAAGUUCAAUUCCAAAGAAAACUGACGAGCAGAGUGCCCUGAAUAGAAUACUUCAUGAAACAGCAGCCAAUAUAAUUGAUGUUGGUGCUUUGGAUUCUCAUAAUUUGGAACAACAUGAAGUUAUUGAGAGGUCUAGAGCCUAUGCGAAACGGUUAGAAACUAUAGGUAUCAAAGUUCCCGAGCAGACCCCAAGUAUGUUAAAAGAUAUUCCUGCAUUGGAAAAAGUUCUCACUUCUGAAUCUCUUAGCACUACGGACAAAGAAUUAAUAACCGACUUGCUCAAGAAGGCUGUGUUAGCUUUAAAAGAUAUUAAAGUGGAACAUAAAGAAGAUUUAGUUGUACCAUUUCUCUCGUGAUCUGCAAAAGAAAUUUAGCAAUAAACCCGCUUUAGUAAUUUAUAAAAAUAUAUUAGUUUUACUGGUUGAAGCUUCUAAUUUCAGUAAGAAUUGAACAAUUUUAGGUAUACAGUGAAAUUAACAAAAAAAUAUAUUUGUUUUUUGUUUAAGAAUAUUUAUUUUUUAAUUAAUAGACUGUACGUAUUUGUAUAUAUUACCGUCAUAAAGAAUGUGUAUACUUGCCGUAAGCGUUAUUUAAAAAUUAUCAUCAAUUUUGGACAGUGUAUUUUGUUAGGUGAAUAGUUAUGAUUAGAAAGAUCAUUAAAUUCGGCGUCAGUGAUUCAUACAAACUUAAUUAUCGAAAUAUGUAUGAAUACCUAGAAAUUAUUACCUUCGAAUUUUCCCAACUCGGCAAGGAAAAUUUUCUCUUCUUUGACAUUCAUAAUGUAAUUUGAGAUAUUAGGUUGAAUUAAAUGUAAUUUGUGUCCUGGCGCGGUAAAAGGGACCUUACAGCUUAGAAGUGAAUUUCGCAGAAAGUGUAUUAGAAGUUACACGAAGCAAGGUAAUUGUGUGUAACAGAGAAAAUAGAGAGACUGAUUUUCUGAACUGCCUUCUGCUUGCAUAUAUAAACAAUUCAAGUGUGACUGUGUUUUAAAGGUAAUAAUAAAAAAUGUAAAAGUUAUAACAAUUUUUAACUUUUAUAUGUAAAAGAACAACUCAAAAUCUAUAAAACAGUAUCAAUAACUCAAAAUUAAUUUUUUUAACCUACGGCCCCUUACAUCGCGUCAGGGCAUAUAACAUUUAGAAAAUUUCCAAUUGCUCUCGAAAUGCUAAAUUUUUAUUAUUAAAGCAUCAAAAUGUGUAACGUAAUAACGAUCCAUGUUCGAAUUCGCAUACUUACACGAAAAUGAAAUUGAAAAUGAAAUUAGAAAGAUUAUGCUAUAAUUAUGACAAAGUACAAAAGAAGAAUUUUUUAAUUUGCAGAAAAAUUCUGAAUUGUAUUAAAAAGUGUAUUAGUUUUUUCUAUAUUUAUACACUGUACUAACUAAUGAUGGAUAAAUUGAAAUAAUUGAA